AUGGCGUCUCCCUCCACACUGGCUCACUCCCUAGGUCAUAAUACCUUGGGAAAGACAGAUAUCGCUGUCCAGUCGGUCCUUUUGGGUAUUGUUUUUGUUUUUGUCGGUCUGCGGUUAUGGUCGCGACGAUUCCAGUCGCUGCAAUUGAAUGAUUUGUUGAUUAUAGUUGCGACGUUCUUGAUGGUCGGUCGCUAUGUGGUGGAAAUCAUGAUGGUCGUGCUGUGUGGAAUGGGACUGCAUUCCACAGAGGUAGCCCAGGUCCGAGGGUCUGAGGUUUUCGUCCAAUUUAAUGAACUUACAUAUGCGGGUGAUCUUCUCUGGGUCACGGUGAUCGCAUUGGUUCAGCUGUCCAUUCUCAACUAUUAUGUACACAACUUCAGUCAGCGAGCUCUGACCGUGUUAGCAUAUAUUAUCACGGUCCUAUGUUCAGCUCUCUGGGUUGCGAGCUUCUUUGCAACAGCGUUUUUCUGCACCCCGCCGAAGAGAAUAUGGCUUGCCGACACUCCGGGUCAUUGCGGUGAUCGAGAAAUGUUGCAUACCAGUGUCAAUGCGAGCGAGGCUGCUCUCAGCUUCUUGGUUGUCAUUCUUCCUGUUUCCUGGAUGUGGCGCAUACCGUUAUCGAAGACCAAGAAGAUUGCACUGAUUUGUAUCCAACUGCUAGGGCUGGGAAUCAUCACUAUUAUUGCCAUCCGCAUGAAAAGCGAGUUUGACCUCGACCCAGAAGACACAACGUACAGCUCAGCCAGGAAGUCAAUACUUUCAUGCAUCGUGCCUCCUCUGGGGAUAAUUGUUGCCUGCCUCCCAACUCUGGAGCCAGCAAUCCAAAGCAUGUUCAGGAAGCCAGCGCUUCCAUCUACAGCCCAUAAUUCUAUAUAUGAUCCAUCCUUUGCGAGGUAUUGGAAGGCGACGGUCCUUUCGGGUAAGGGGCUGGAGGAACCAGAGAUGCCUCUGGUCGGUCUUACUCAGCCCUUCAUGGCAAAGAUGAGCUAUCUUGCUCCUGGGAAUAUACAGCCGAAGAAAGUGACACUUGCAUGCGAAAAAUGCCGUGUCCUUAAGGUCAAAUGUAUUCGACCCGAGGAAGGACAGCCUUGUACUAAAUGUGCCAGAUCAAACGCUCAAUGCGUAUUCUCAGAGCCGAAACAGCGAGCUCGAGCUUCACAACGAACGAAACCGAGAUUAGCCGAGCUGGAGUCCAAGCUCACCAAUAUCAUUGGUCUUCUAUCACAAUCUGGCGCACCCCUUCAUGGAGUCCAAACACCCGUUGAUCCAGAUUGUGGGCUGGCUGCAAUUCCUGAAUAUUCCAACGACAACCCACACCCAACAUCUGAAUGGAUGAGCCAAGGGUACCUGGCUGAUCCUGAGUUGAACGAAGCCCUAGGGGCGAGCGAAGAGCAGAAUACCACCGAAGUUGUCCCAGAAAAGUCUUGGGACGCCACUGCGAUAGACGCUGCAUGGAUCACCGAAUUAGGACUUGGUCCUGUCGUCCUCGAGCAUCUUCUAGACAAGUUCCGCGGCAUGGCGUCCUAUUUUCCGUUUGUGCAGCUUUCAUACGCCUGGACUGCUGCAUCGAUGGCUGAGGACCGCCCCUUCCUAUUACUUGCAGCUGUUGCUGCUGCUUCCUCACAGUACUGUCACCUUCAAGACGCCCUGAUCAGACAAUUUAAGCAGACUCUCAGUCAGCGGGUAAUCAUAGCUGGCGAAAAAGAUCUAGAUCUGCUCCAGGGAUUACUUGUUCACCUUGCCUGGUACCAUUUCCACUUUGUUCCAGGAAGUGCACAAUACUACCAGUACUUGCAAAUCGGAAUCGGUAUGGUCAUUGAGCUUCGCCUUGAUCAAGAGGCUGCCGAAUUGCUUGAGCAACGAACUGAGCUAGGUGAUGCUUAUAUCCGAGAAGCAUGCCGUGCUUAUCUAGGCUGCUAUUACAUGUCUAGCAUAAUAUCAAUGUCUUCUGGAAAACCCAAUAAUCUCCAGUUUCACGAGGCCAUGCUUCGAUGCGCUAUGAUCCUGCAACAACAGCCAGAAUUCGACACAGACCUCUUGAUAUACCCAGUGACGAAAGUGCUACAGUUCGCCGAGGAAGUCUGCGAGACUUACCAAUCCGAAGGCAUUCAUGGGACUCGGCUGUACAUUCAUGCUGAACGAUUCACGACGCGGUUAGAGGAAUGGUGGUCGUCUCUAUCAACGGAUCUUCGCAGCACGGUGUUGCUGAUCAACUGCUAUCAUACCGUCAAGAUCCGGAUUCAAGAAAUGGGCUUGGUAUAUUGCUAUGGACAGAGAAGGCCACCGUCUCCAAAGGCACAGGAAGAUUCCACCAUGUUAUCCACACCCCCAAUGGUCAUCAGCAACUUGGUCAAAUGCGUCAGCUCUACCAAGGAGUAUCUCGAUUUGUUCUUCACUAUUCCCGCUGUGGAGCAUAACAGCUUGCCAAUUUCCGCAUGGUAUCAAGUUAUUUUGACGAUAUUUGUGCUUUACAGGUUGUCUGUGGGACUGCCAGAAGUACCUGAAUGGAACGGGGAGAUUGCACAGGAAACUGUGAAUCUAGAGGAAUACCUUGAUACACUGCUGUCUAAUCUACAGGCUAUUAAACCAUCGCGAGAUAGGCAAAUCCCCACCAAGAGCCUCUUUUCAAUGAUGCAUGAGAUCAUUGGGAGUGUGAAGAAUUCCUAUGCAUUGACAAAAGAGAAUCUCGCACAUGUUCAUGAUAGUCACCAUGCACAUCACGACCUUGCUUCAAAAAACACAGCCGCAUCUGCUCAAGGGCUGCACCGCUGCCCUGCGUUGCGGUAUUCGAGUCGCCGCAUCGCUCAAGCUCCGGAUCAGCCUACACUACAAAACGCCAUUGCUACGGAAGUCCAGAAGAUAGGAGAUGAGAAGCUGUGGGGUGAUAUUCUAUUGAUGGAUGCAUUUCAUAGCAUGACAGGUUCAUCAGCUACAGCGUUUUGA